CCCACGCUCAAAACACAAUAUACUGUAUUGGGUUUUCUAGUCAUCCUUUUUAAAACAAAGGCAAUGCCAUGGCUGCAAUUCACUAAUACACAUGUUUGGACAUUACAUUGUGUUAUAUUCACAAGUCCUUUUUGCAGUAAAAUCGAUAUUAAAGUGAACAUCGCGUCCGCGUUUCUCAUUGGAGGCUGAUGGAGAGGGACGGUACUAAAAGAGCCACUCAGCAGCGCCGCGCACUACGAUCCUCUGAUUUGCAUCUCGCCUCCUAUAAAAGGAGCUCAACGCGCGAGCGACAUCCACAUUCGCUUCCCGUCUGUUCUGACCUGAAGCUGCUGCCUACGACGCGUCGACAUGCCCGAUCCUCCCGCAUCAAAGAGCGCUGGGCCGGCCAAGGUUCCUGCUCCCAAGAAGGGCUCCAAGAAGGCUGUGACCAAGGCUACGCGCAAGGAUGGCAAGAAGCGACGCCACCGCAGGAAGGAGAGCUACGCCAUUUACAUCUACAAGGUGAUGAAGCAGGUGCACCCCGAUACCGGCAUCUCGUCCAAGGCAAUGAGCAUCAUGAACUCGUUCGUCAACGACAUCUUCGAGCGCAUCGCUUCCGAGGCGUCCCGCCUGGCGCACUACAACAAGCGCUCCACCAUCACUUCUCGGGAGAUCCAGACCGCAGUGCGACUGCUGCUCCCCGGCGAGCUGGCCAAGCACGCCGUGUCGGAGGGCACCAAGGCCGUCACCAAGUACACAAGCUCCAAGUGAAGCCUCGACUCCACCAUUAAUUACAAAGGCUCUUUUCAGAGCCACCCACCUCUCCGAACCUGCUUGUACCAGUCCUAGCAGGAGUACUAAACGAAACUUCCAACAAAGCCCCGGUUCACGCGGGGACAUUGUUCGCUCAUUGAGUGGAAUGGAGAGAUGGAACGCAUUUUAACCUGUUUCCACGUGAAUAAAAGCGAUAACAAUAUUCAUGGCACAUCAUAUUCACCAGCAGGCAUUUCUUGGACUUGUUUGUCCAUUGAUUUCAUCUGCAGCCCAUUCAGAUAUUACAUUGGAUAUUUGGUGCCAAAACCUUGCAAUGCAAUAUAUUUAAUUCGUGGUUGUAUUUUCGGGCAGGAACUAACAUUUUGCACGUGUACAUCUAUGUAAAAGUAAGCGCCUAGCAUGGAUGACUCGUGCAGUAUAAUUGAUGAUCAUCAUCUCAAUGCCAAGAGAAUAGAUAUCUAUCCCUGUGAUCACCUCUUUCCGACAAUUUUACGUAUUAACUUUGGAGCUUUCGUGACUGCAGGAAUUAUUCUUUGGUUCUUUCGGUAAAGUCACGUAUAUAAAAA